UGUCUAGUUAAUCGUGCACAGUUCUCAUUGUUGCGUUUGCAUUUGCAGUGUUGUUGUUCAAUAAAUCCUGGAGGCAAACGUUCGGUACCUGUUGUGGUCAGAGUGCCCCUGAUGGUUGACCGAUACCUUGUGAGCUUGGUGUAAAAAUCCAUAUCUUUUACAAACGUUUCUCCUGAUAAGCUGUACAGUGUGCAAAAGAUUCCGCAGCUAACCCUUAUCAGCGGGACUCACAGACCGCCAAAACCGUGUAUGUACGUACGGCGAUUGAUUGAUAAGCGAUCAAUGUCGGGUUGUGUCGUUUUAUGAUUCAGGCCAACGAUAGGUGUUAGUGUAUGUGUCUGUAUGACGAUUAGUCGCAAAAGUUUGCGUGUCUCAACUGGCAUGGUUUAUCGCAAAACACUCCAUACCCUGGCUUGGUUCACAUAUCGGUUAGUGCCUCUGUGACUCUUUUGUUGGCACUGUGUGUGGUGGCACUUUGUUGGAAAAAGGUGUAUCAUUAUCGAUUCGAUCCGAACCGGGUACGGAGAGCAGUCGGCAGCUUCUAGGGAGCUUAAUCCCUUACUAGAGUUAGGCCGGUUUAAGUGCGCGUGCCACCAUCACGACGGUGACGGUAAAGUCGUGCAUCCAAAACAUAGUGCGCCGGCACGAAAGGGCGGGUGUGAGGUCGACUCUGAUCUCUUACUAAUCAUUGACAAUAGCAAAUUCCAUCUCAAUGUUGGAUUAUGGCGAAGAAGCACACACUGAAGCGCACGUAAGUUCAUCGUUGAAGAGUCGGAAACACUUGGUGCUGUGUGCUGCUGCUCUUUGUCUACGUCAUACGCGUGAACACUUGCGCACAGUACUACACGAUCGUGGCCGCACGUGCUGCACCUCACACUCAUCGUUACUUCGGCAAUGAAAAUUAUGAUUGAAAAUCGAUUUGCUUAAGCGCACCAACACGGCAUGAGGUGUUUCCUUUCGCGGAUUGUGGAUGCCACACUUGCCAGCGUGUUCGGCUCACGGGGCACGAUCUGACCGUGAUCGGGUUAAUUUUCCAGCCGUUGAUUCUUCGUUGAGCGCGAGUGUCGACGAUCGUCAUCGUACCCCGGGUUGGGGGGGUUGAUACCGUUGUCUGCUUAAUCGAUUACUAGUACCGAGUGAGUAGUCCAAGUGAGAAGUUCUGGAGUGUGUGCUUUGCCGUACCACAACUCACCAAUCCCGAUAGACAUGUGAUUGAAGUUUUGCACCGGUGUGCCCAACGAUAAGAAACGAUUUAGUGAGUGUAUUUUAUCAACAAACAGUGCCUUGACGAAGGUUGGUGGAAUCGAAGGCUAAUUGGUGUUGGUACAAAAAUGUCCACCACCCAAUGUGAGCAAAAUCGAUAAGAAAAGCAAUGUGCGUAAAAUAUUCGAAUAAGGGAAAAAACGGUAUUUUCCAGGAAAAUGAAUAUUUCUGUUCGAAUUAAAUCAAUAUGUUCAGGGUGAUGGGUGCCGAUGGGGAAGAGUGAUCCCGAAUAAUUUACACAAAUUUCCGGUGCUAAAGUGCAUUGCUUGCAGAAGAUGAAAAGUACGUUUUUUUGUCCCAUCUUUUGUCCGACUGCAUUCAAACGGUGAGAACUUGAAGAAUUGUGUUUGUAUAACCAAGUAAAACUAGGCGAUAUCAUUGAGCAACGUAAUUCUCAUGAUGUGUGCGUGUAAUGGGGGUGUGUCGGGACAGGAAAGUGGUUUGGAAAAUCAAUGAUGGUUUAGUUUUCUUGUGCAUUUUGUUGCUUUGCUGUGUGUGUAUGUCGUUGCGUACCGAUGCGCAGAGUGCGUGUGCCAGAGUGUUAGAGAGUAGUUCGAUGUAAAUAAUUUGCAUUUCCUGUUUGCGGUGGGCCGGAAAUGGCCGGAAGAUUGAUCCACCGGAACCGGCAGCCGGUAAACGAAGAUGCUUUAAAAGGGAGCGUACGAAAUUAUGGGAAAAUAUCAACCCCAUCCCCGUGCGCAAUCAAGUUUCCCAUUGAAAUGGUUGUGUUUGGACCCCCACAGCUGGGAGGGACGUGUAUAGUGUUGCAAUCAGCUUUUUUUCUGUGAUGUGUUCUAAUGUAAUAAAAAAGGCUUUAUUUUAGUGCGGUAAAAAUUUUGUGUUUCCGUUACAGAUUUAAUUUUGAAAAAAGGAAUAGUUUAUUAUUGUGUUGUGCCAUAAUAUAGUGUUAUUUGCCAAAAAAAGGAGAAAACCAAUCGACAGUCAGUGUCAACUUUUGGUAAUGUAUUUUGUUGGGCUAAUGCGCCAAAGUCACAAUCGUCAAGCUUUGGCCCAUCGUAAUGCAACUCAGUCCAAGCUAAAGCCGAGUGAUUCCCAACAAAGCAAGUGUUCCAAAAUGCAGCCCACAUCAACGCCCCAAACGGGCAGUAAAAGAAAGCAAAUGGAGUUGAAUGUAGGACAAAAUAUUGUUGCUGCUUCAAUAUCUUCGAAAGCAUCGACAGAAUCGAUGCAGUGGAGCAAUGGAUCGCAAGGCAAGGAAAACGUUGCCACCCAGCAGCAAGAGGAUGACCGUGCGUUACAAGCCGAUCGAAGGGAGAAGAGACGGAUGGCACGACGUUCGCGACUGUAUUAUGACGAUUUCGUCACACUGGACACGAGCGUUAUGCUCAAGGUAUACGUCGGUGCACUGUCGCUCCACUAUGAGGCGCUUAGUGUGGAAGCAUCGAAGCAGACUACGGCCGAGGAGAUCGUUUCCUGUAUCGUCGAACGUCUGGGCCUAACGGGAAACAACUAUGAGCUGGCGGAAGUGGCCGGCGAGUGCAAGGAGAGGCGGCUUUCCGCGCACGAAAAACCCGUCUCCGUUAUGCUGCUGUGGCCGAUGCACUCGGAGAAAGAUUUUCAUAGAUUCUAUCUACGUGAAAUACAAAGCGACGUUCCUUGGCUAGAUAGUUACGGACUCGAUCCACAGAUACUUAGAGAUUUUAUACCAUUUUUGUUGCAAAAAGAAAAUAGAGAAUAUCCUGACCUGUGCCAACUACCCGAUCUUAAUGAAGCAACACUACUCGAAAACCUCCGCCAGAGAUUUGAGGCCGGCCACAUCUACACGUACGUCGGCAGCAUCCUGAUCGCAGUGAAUCCGUUCAAGUUUCAUCCAAUCUACAAUCCAAAGUAUGUGCGACUCUACCAGAAUCAGCGGAUCGGACCGAUCCUGCCACCGCACAUCUUCGCCAUCGCGGACAACGCUUACUAUAAUAUGCUGAAGGAGAAACGCAACCAGUGUAUCGUUAUCAGCGGCGAAAGCGGUUCCGGUAAAACCGAAAGCACCAACUUCCUGCUCCAUCAUUUAACGGCCCUGUCGCAGAAGGGUGCCCAUGGGUCUGGCGUAGAACAAACCAUCCUCAGUGCCGGACCCGUCCUAGAAGCGUUCGGUAAUGCAAAAACGGCACACAACAACAAUAGCAGUCGGUUUGGAAAGUUUAUCCAAGUGAACUAUCGCGAGAAUGGCAUGGUACAGGGUGCGGUUGUCCAGAAGUAUCUGCUCGAGAAGAGCCGCAUCGUUUCGCAGGGCCAUUACGAGCGCAACUACCACGUGUUCUACUAUCUACUGUCCGGUGCAACCGAUACCGAACGGGACGCGCUGCAUCUGCUGCCGGCGGACAAAUAUCACUACCUGAAUGCGAAGAAUCUCACGCUAGAAAACUGUGACGAGAAGUAUGAAUUUUCGCGCCUCAAACAAAGCAUGGAGAUGGUUGGCUUCUCGGCGGAAAAGCAACGGCGUCUGUUUAACGUCCUGUCCGCCGUACUGCUGCUCGGUAAUGUGGAGUUCUUCCCGAAAAAAUCCACCUACCAUCAUGACGAAAGUGUGCAGGUACGAAAUCCGGACGUGGUUGGGCUAAUAUCAGAGCUGCUGCGCGUCAAACAGGAAACCCUGAUGUCGGCACUCACGUCCAAGCGCGUGAAGGCAAGCGGCGAAACGCUGAUCAUGCAGUACAAGCUGCCGGAAGCGAUUGCUGCCCGGGAUGCGCUAGCGAAGUGCCUUUACGGGGCACUGUUUGACUGGAUCGUGCUGCAGGUAAACCAUGCGCUGCUGAACAAGGAUCAGGUCUUGCAUACGGGUCACUCGAUCGGGGUGCUGGACAUAUUCGGUUUCGAGGAUUUUGGGCCCCAGAAUAGCUUCGAGCAGCUGUGCAUUAACUACGCGAACGAGCAUUUACAGUAUUAUUUCAAUCUGCACGUGUUCAAGUACGAACAAAAAGAAUACAAACGCGAGGGAAUUAAAUGGACUGAUAUAGAAUUUCUAGACAAUUAUGGCUGCCUGCAGCUGUUUGAAUCGAAACCAUCCGGUUUGCUGUGUAUACUGGACGAUCUGUGCAAUUUUCCCGGUGCCACAAACGAAACGUUACUGCAAAAGUUCAACAGUGUUCACAAGGAUAAUGUAUUUUACGAAAAGCCACAGCGCAAAGAGAACGCAUUUAUCAUAAAGCAUUACGCGGGCAAGGUGAAAUAUCAGGUUGCCGAAAUGCGUGAAAAGAAUCUCGACCUAAUGCGGCAGGAUAUUGUGAGCGUGCUGAAAAAUUCGAGCAUGGCGUUCGUGCGCGAACUGGUCGGUGCGGAUCCGGUAGCCGUAUUUCGGUGGGCGAUUUUACGGGCCUUUUUUCGCGGCUAUUUUGCAUUCCGGUCGGCUGGCAUUAAGCAUCGCAAGGAGCGCGCCGACAUGUCGUUCAACAAGUUGGCGACAAAGACACGAUACCGUGCACCGAACGAUAGUAUCGUAAGCCAUCUCGUGACGGUCUCAUCGGUGAACCUAACAAUCAAUCGAAUUGCCAAACGCAUCAGCAAUGCCAUGAGCGAUAUCACAUCGGGCCAUAGUAACAACCAGUCCAGCUCACCCGGUAGCAAUCUGUCCUACCAUAGACAGUCCCUUGGGAAUGCUGCUUACGCUGGCACCGGUUCAUCGUCACCGGGCGGAACUGGAGGUACACCACGCCGGUCCUGGUCGAGUUUUGCGUUCAACAAUAAAAAUUUCCCAGACGGCAAGCUGAACUACGAGUGUCAUCAGCAGCAGGAUCAUGCUCCUCAGUACCAAUCGAAGCAUCAACAAUCGGGGUCCGCCUCGUCACUUACGUCGGUUUACGGCAGUGGAGGCAAUGGCAAAUCAUCGACAAACGCAAACUCCUCCGGCGCACAGGUUGGCGGUCCUGCUGCCAGUGGCAAAGGAUACGGGUUUGGAUCGGCAGCGGCACGGAAUCGUUUCGAACGCUCCGGCCAGGACGUAAUGGCACGUGCGUCGCAGAUCGUAAUGAAAAACAAAUCCUUUCGUCCUCGGGAGCGUCCCAAAAAGGGGCUAAAGAAUCUACAGUCGGUGAAAACGCUUUCGGCCGGUCAGAAUCUGUCCAAUCAAACUUCCGCCAUCAAAACGCGCAAACAACCACUUACCGUGACAGCCCAGUUUCAGAAUUCACUGAUCGCAUUGAUGGAAACGCUGAAUCAGGCAAAUCCAUUCUUCAUUCGAUGUAUCAAAUCUAACCCGAACAAAAUACCGAACCAGUUUGAUGAUGCAACAGUUACGAGACAGCUUCGUUACACGGGCAUGUUAGAAACGGUCCGAAUACGUCGAGCAGGCUAUAAUGUACGUCUAACGUAUGAAGAAUUCAUCCAGCUGUACCGCAUCUUGCUACCAAAGGGGCUGGUCAGCUCCCAGAAGGAUGUGCGAGACUUUAUGAGUACGAUGGAUUUGAACAAGCAACACUAUCAGCUUGGUCUGACGAAAAUUUACAUGCGUGAAUCGCAGAAGAUACGGCUGGACAUUUCCCUGCACACCAAAAUCAUCGACAGCAUCAUCUGCAUUCAGCGAUGGUUCCGUGCGAUUCUGCAGCGCAAAAAGUACUGUCAGUACCGUACUGCCGCCUGCACCAUCCAGUCGUACUGGCGCGAUUAUUUGCGCGAGAAGCAAGAGAAGUUUACGCGCAAAAUACGCAAUCAUGCUGCGACGGUUAUACAGGCGACUUGGCGUGGGUAUACGGUGCGCAAAUGGUACGGCAAGCUAAAGACGGGCGUGUUGAUUAUACAGGCGCGCAUCCGCGGCAAUCAAGCCCGGUCGAGCUUCAAAGAGCUGCUCAGCAAAAAGUUGCAGCGUGAACGGUCGAAACUACGAUCGACACAAAGUUUACCGGUGGAGCAACCGAUCGGUUCAACGGCUGCUGGUGGAUCGUAUGGCGGAGGGGGAGGAGGAUCAACGUAUCCCGAGGUAGUGCAGGCGUUCGAACAUCGGAAGAAACCAAUACCGGCGGUUGGGCGCAGCUUUGAGACGGCCAUUGACAUUGUGAACAAAAACCGGGCACUCUUCGCUGACGACAGCAUGUCGGCUGACUUUAUUGACGAUGAUGAGGAUGAGGACGAGGAGGAAGAGGAGGAGGAAGAGACCACCGGCAGUCGGCAGGCAACGGUUACGGCAACCGUUGGGGAAGAGGAGGACGACGAGGACGAUGAUGAGGAGGGUUACGAAGAUUUGGGCUUGGUCGAUGAUCCACACUACAUGGCAAACAAUCGGCCAACACUGUUACAUCCGGCAAAGGCAUCGUCACAAUCGACGACGGUGAAUAGCGCACUAUUAGAUAGGAAUGAAAAGUACAUCAAAAGUUUGGCCAUAUCUGGUGGCGCAGCGUCCUCUUCUGCGCCGAACGCGGGUGCAAACUAUUCCAGUGCCGCUAGUGGUUCUACGACCAGUACCAGUGCGUACCAGAAAGCUCCAUUGCAGCGGCAGGAAGAUGUGCUCGAUCGGCCACUGCGGAUGUACGACAUUGAGCGGGCAAGCAAGAGCACCUUCGACGAUACCGAGCUGGCCAAGUAUCGGUACGAGCGUGGCGGUGGCGGUGUAAGCAGCACAGUAAAGAUGCCCGUGCGGCGUGUCGAUUCGGGCCCGUCGUCGGUGGCAGGUAGCGGGGCCAGCGGAUCCACCAUCGGUCGACCAGGUGUGCAGCGGUUUCGCUACGGUGAUACGGGGUCGUACGGUGGCAGUGGCAUGAUUCGAAAUCAGAACCACAGCAAUAAUAGUUAUAGUAAUAGCAAUGUUGAAAUCGUGUUUGUAAAUACCGGACUAGAUAGUGUUGGGGCCGGAACCGGUGGUGGUUCCCUUUCGUCGUCGUCACCGGCCGCAAGGAAUCUCAAUCGAAAUAGCAUUAGCAGCGGUACGCUUACCCAAACGCAGGUACCAUCGUCGCUGACGGCCAGUAUGCGGCGGGAUUCGCUGCCCGUUAGCCAUCACAGCAGCAUAGCGGCGCGCACGCAAGGUGACGAAAUUAACUCCAACUAUCAUAUGCAUCAGCAGCAGCAGCAGCAACAGCAGCCGCUGUCACCAUCGUCACCCGCGGGUUCUCAUCACCAGCAAAGUCAAUCGUCCGCCUCGAUGGUGGGCCAUUCGCCCCAUUCGCUGCCGCUGGUAAGCUCGGGUCACAUUGGAAACUAUCAGAAUUUACAGUUUCCACCGACGUCGAACUAUCAUCAACACCACCACCAUCACCAGCAGUCGGUGUACAACAACAAUGCACAGCCGGUCGGUAAUGCCGGUGUUAAAAUGGUCACCUCGACGCCGUACAGUGCGGGCAGCAACAGUUCCUACCCGGGAGCAUCCGCGUCCGUUACCAGCCAGCGCGUAUCAGCGGCUUAUCCGGAUGAUUUCGCACAAAACUACUACACGACGACGACGACAACGCCAAAAGGGAAGGCGGCCGCAUUGCUCGGUACGGCGAAAUCAGAAGAUAGUGCCGUAUCGAACCAACCUUCGAAGUACCCGAUGGGCGCAACACUUGCCAAAGCGGACAGUAGCGAUAUGGUCCUAUCGGCUGGGAGCAAAUCGGCGAUGAAUCAAACGUCAACCUCAGCUAGCAGUCGGCGGUUGAAAACGACGAAUCUCAGCGAGGAGCAGUUGGUCGGUGGAAGUUCCGGCUCCGCCGUUAGCUAUCAUCCCGGCACGGGUUUAACGCGCCGCGGACCAGUCGGCUCCAGUAAUCCCAGUGGCAGUGGUAAUACGAGUAGCAGCACAGGCGUCGGCGGUGAUACGCUGAAGCGUCGGAACUCAGACCCUACGAAUAAGAUUCCACUGCUGGAGGUGAACCGUGGCAACGAUAUGUACCAGUCGAGCACUCGCAUCAACAUCGCUGGCCACCAGUUCCGGAAGGUGCAACGUAUUAACAAGGCGGAACGAUGCGCCUGCUGUCAGGAGAUUGAUUCGUUCGUGAACGAGGGGUACCGGUGUCUGGACUGCAAAGUGUUGGUGCACACCAAAUGCAUCCAGAACGGUGGCAUCAAAUCGCUGCAGUGUGCGGCGGCUAAACGCUCGAAGCGCAUUCGUACCGGUGGUGCCGGUGGAGGCAGCGGACUCGGCAGCUCGAGCAAACACGAUAAGCAUCAUCCGAUCGGGGGUGGCACUGCCAGCGGUCAGAAGAUUUCGUCCACCCGCGAGUACACCGAUUCAACCGACAAGAUCAUAAGCGAUGCCAAAGAGCUGCAGCUAAUGCAGGACUUCAUCACGCAGAAGAUCUGCAAGAUGGAGAAUGACUGCGAAAAACCGUCGGAGGUGGAUCGAGUGUUUAAGCAGGCGUUGCGCGAGUUUAAGGACAAUCUCGUGGCACAGUACAGUGUGGCCCACCGCCAGAACUCGGACGUGCUGAACAUCAAAUACCGCGAUCUGAUUGCCAACUUCGAACAGGUGAUCGAAACGACGUCCGGGCGGAAAAAUGAUUUCCCACUAACGAUGGGCGUAAACGCGUUCCGUGGCUUUAUGAACGAGUUUAUGAACUCGCGCGAAACGGAAAAACCGAAAACGAAACGAAAGAAGGAUAAGAAACGAAAACACGACGAUCAUACCACGUUCAAUGGACAUACAUUCCAGCUAACGAUACUCAACAUUGCGACGGCAUGCGAAAUAUGCCAACAGUUUCUUUUAUGGCCAAUCGAGCGUGGACUGGUGUGCCAAAACUGCAAGCUAACCUGCCACAAAAAGUGCUACCAAAAGUCAGCUUCGUGCAACAAGAUCGCCAAUGCCGAUCCUAACUCACUACUGGGUGCAGGUGGCAGCGGUUCCGCCGUGGUAGCCGGUGGUUGUGGACCGGACGGUCAGCCGCUGUACGGCGGUGGCAUUCCGACGAAACUUUUCGGCGUACCGCUAACGGCGCUUUGUGGUAGCAACAGCGAUGGCGUUAAGAUACCGGCCCAGAUUACCAAGCUGAUCAUGAUGAUCGAAAUGCACGGUCUGUACUCGGAGGGUAUCUACCGGAAGAGUGGAGUCAGUUCGAAAAUUAAGGACCUGAAGGCCAAAAUGGAUCGGGCGGUAACGAGCGCGGACGGUGGCGGCGGUGAGAUGGACUUUGAAUCGUACAACGUGCACGUACUGACGAAUGUGCUGAAAUCGUUCCUCCGCGAGAUGCCCGAACCGUUGCUAACGUUCGAUCGGUACGAUGAUUUUUUGCGUGCGGCCGAUCUUUCCGAUGGGAGCGAUCGCGUACAGACGCUGCUAUCGCUCGUGAAGAAAAUCCCGCCAGCCCAUCACUGUCUGUUCGAGCGGUUAAUCUUCCAUCUAGCGCUGGUAGCGAAGUUGGAGCAGUACAAUCGCAUGUCGGCCAGUUCACUCGCGAUCGUGUUUGCACCGUGUGUGCUCCGUACCAAUCGGUACGUACCGGCGCAGGACAGUCUGAACGACAUCGGGCGACAGACGAAGUGUAUGGAAACGCUCAUCACGCAAAAGAUGCUGAACGUGAAGAGUACGCUUGCAGACAUUGAUACAUUGGACACAGCAGCCCACACAGCUACGGCACGACUAAGUACGCUGCGAAGCAGCAAAGUAUUCACCCACGAAGAGAUGGCAAAUGCACGCGGUGGCAGCGGUAUGGCGACAGGCGGGCUGCUCGAAACGGAAACGGAAGAGAUGCUGCUCGAGGGCCAUAUACAGGAGAUACGCAAGGAGAAAGCCCUUCUCACCUCGACGCUGCCGAGUUUGGCUCGUGCAAGCUCGGAUGACGAUCUGCUUUCCACCGAUCUGGACGGCGAGGGUGGAAGUUUGGACGAUUUAAGCAACAGCAAGGAGAAAGACCUCGAUGUAAGCAGUGGUGGAGGUGGCGGCGGUGGUGGUGGAGGUGGAGGCGGAGGAGGCAACAUGAUUAGUGACAGUGGUAUCUCGAUACGCUACCAGGCACCCUCCGAUCACGGCGGUAGUAGUAAUGUUAGUCUUAAUAAUGACGUCCCGAUGGCUGUGAGUUAUUCGUUACGUGAUCAGAGUGGAGCGGGCGGCUCGGGUGGUGUUGGUGGUGCGUUAGCCGGUGUGGAAUACUUCCAUAAGAUGGGUUCGUCGUCUGGUGCGUGUACGGCACCGGGUGUGAAGACGAAAUCUCUCUCCCACCAGACACUGCUCGAGCGGGAAGCGUUCCUGCGCGGCAGUGGUUCCACGUCUGCCUCCUCGCCCCAGUCACCAACGGCCGCACAAUCCGCGACUGCUUCCUCCACGCCAUCGUCCUCGGCAUCGGCACCAUCGAUGAUAAAGUCGCAGCAAAAUGGUAACGGCACAAACGUCGGUAGCGGCACCGGUGGUGAUCGUGUUGGUGGUGGAUCGAGCAGUGGAGCUGGCGGUGGAUCCACGGGUAAUGGUGGUGGAACGAUGGUAUCAACGGCAAACAGUGCCGGUAAACGUGCCGACAUCAAUCUGAGUCACUCGAUGAUAACAUUGUCCACUACGUCGCACAGCCUCGGUGGCAGUACGACCAGCAGCAGCAGUAGUAGCGGUGUCGGUGGAAGCACUGGCAGCACCGGAAGCGGAAGUGACUUGCAGCGACAGAAACCGAUCAUCAUCCGGAGCGUAUCCGGCGGAUACGAAGUUGGCCAUCAUCAUGGUUCCACGUCGACAGUCGGUUCCGGUACGACGCAUCCAGCGACGAACCAUCGGAUACUGAUACAGGGUUCGUCGGCUUUGCCGAUCACGGCUGGUGCAGCAACCAUCACGACCACCCCGUCCGGUUCCGGUGCUACCUCCACGUCCGCUUCCAGUUCUUCCAUCAACUCCACGAACCUGCACGCGAAAGACAAUAAUGGGAUGGGAAAGGAGGGUGGUGGCGCAAAACUCGUGUCACGACGGAUGUCUGCCGGCACCAACAAACGAUCUGGUGGUGGUGGUGGUGGUUCGAGUAGUGCAGCCGGCGGUCCCGGACCACCUGCCGGAGACGAUGAACCGAUUAUGGUUUGAAAUGUACAACAGAGCACAGUAUGUACGGCCGCAGGGAUGAAAAGCGAAUCCGAAUCGCUUAUUUAUGUCAUUAACAGAGCGGAAGAUGAUCGAUACGAUCGAUAAAACGCGGUGUCAUAGAGCAGCAUUAGGAAGAACAGCAAACACAAACACAAACUCACACAUCUUAAAGUAUAAGUCACGACAGGUAAUGUGUCCUACAAGUGCGUUGGUUGUUCCGAAAUGCACGAAAAAGGAAAAAAAGAUAAAACCGGCCGCCCGGCUCGGUGACUUCCUCGUUGCAAACGUUGGCUGACAGUUCUACGCACACAGUUUGGACAGCAGUUAGUCAGCGAUCGAAAAGUACGAUCGGUAAACACAGGUUCACCGAUUUGUGCAUUGAAAUGCAUGUCCCGUUUACUAUUCGUUUUUUUACACAUUAAUUAAUUUAUAACAAUCGAUCAUAUUACAUACACGUAGAAUAGAGCGGUGAAAUGGACAGCUGACAAAAAAAAACGAUGCGAAUGGAAUGGGAUGAACUUUGAAUACUCCAAAACAAAAACUGCGCAAUUUAGUCUGCUUUUUUUCUGCCACAAACCUCCACUAUCAGCAUAUAGAAAAAAAGCGCGCGCUAGUGAUGAUUGUGAAAGAAUACAACUACAUGCAAAAGAAAAUGGUAAAGAGAGAGAGAAGAAGAGAGAAACAUAUUUUCCUUAAAAUAGGAGGAAAGUUAAGAAAAAAAAACUUUAAACUAAACAGGAAUCACAUUGAUGUAGAACCUCUAAAACGAGUUCCCUAAAGUUUAUAUUAAUUUGAAAACUAAUCCAAUCGAACAGACACAUCAAACGACAUAGGAAGAAAGAGAGAGAGAGGGAGAUUGAAUUUAGAUGUAAUGGACACACGCUACAAAUAGCAAUCAACGAGUCAUAAGUGUUGUGUCGAGGAAACAACCUUUGGAAAUCAUAUUCUUUGUACAUUUAAUGCAACCACCAUCAACAAAUUCCCAUACACAUCGAAUGAAUCUGUUAUUAUUGAUUAGCAAGUGUGGAAGGUAACGCACAUCUUUAAUGCACUACUGUCCCAUUUCGGGAUAAAAUCUCGAAUGAAACGGUGUGCUCAACCCCCCAGGACAGGUGAUCUUUGCAGUAUCCGGAGCUGUGUGGAAAUGAAUUAUAGCCCCGGUGGGUAAAACCUGGCCCAAGAUCUGGUGAUCCGGUUUGUAGAGACAGCCAAAUAAGAAGGGAAAAAUGGGUAUAAAAUAGACAUGACACAAUUAUGUGGAUGAACAAGAUUGAACGGAUUCGGAACCGAGCCUUUUGUUGCGAUCGUGUGAAUAACUUUAGUUUAUCUCCUUUUUUUGUUUUGUACUACACGCUGUGUUUUUUUUCUUCAAUUUCUUAUUACUGUCCUUCUUUCUUCUUCUUGUUAGCAAACAACCGUGCAAAAUGAAUGCUGAUAAACUCUUAGACAGAGCAAUAUAUUAUAUAUAUACACAAAAAACACAUGUAAACUUACGAUUAUAAAUAUGUAAAUUUAAUUCCCUCCCUGAUUUAAGUGUAUAACGUUUAGGCGGAGAGCCGCAAGCGUAUAAGAGCCCUUUUUGCCCGCCCCCCCCCCCCCCCUUCUCCCUAGCCGCUCCCUCUCAGCGCUUCCAAUCCCGAUUCUCGGCGGGGAAGUGGUAAGGGAAUGUAGAAGAAAUCGAUAGAAUCUGUGAAUAAUAAUGUUACGUAUCUCGGAAGGAAUGCGAUCAUUGCUUAUCAUAUUUACGUAUAUAAAUAUUAUAUGUUUUCUUUCCUUUUCCUAAAGCUUUUAUUUUCCGUUCCAGCAGAAUAAAAAACGAAACAUUAUGCUUUUGGGGGGUGGGAGCAAAUAAAAUCGAAACUGAAAAGAACAACAAAUGAGAUGGAAAAAGAAAAGGAAACACACACUAUUUUCCCAUAAUUUCCCACAACUGAGUGCGAUGAGUGUGUGUGUGUGUAGCGAUAAUAUGAGUAGCCGUGCGGGAAACGGAACAAUUAAUUUAAUAACGCGAAUAGAAAGGAAGUUAAAAACGGUUCCUGCUCACAUGUUCGGAAUGUUGUUUGCGGAAAGUAUCGCAAACACCCACAUUAAUAUAAAAUGGCAAAACGCACGUGGCUCGUUAUAAUGAAAAGUCGUCGGAUUGAUAAAGCUGGAUAACGGAAAAAAUGGAACAAUCCUUGGUAGAGCGAAAUAAGAAGAAAUUAAACCAAUUAUA